CUGGCUGAGGAGGAAAGUGCUGCUCUGAUUAGAAAGGGGAUGCAAACAACCCUGGGGUUUUCCGGUCCCUCAGGUCCAGACAGGGCUAUCAUAAGAAUUUCCAGUCACUGAUGGUUACAAAAGAGUGGAAACAACAUUAGGUUUUUUUAGAAGAAGCAGCAGAGCAAAUGACAGCACUCAGUGCCUUGUGCAAUCUGUUGACUCCACCAACAUCCUGAACCUGAGCGAGCUGCAAGCAGAGCACAUCUUUAAAGGCAGCACUACAGACAAGAAGAAAAUCUCCUGUUCUUUUCCCUGCUCAGACAGAAGCGAGGCUUCCAGCAGCAGCGUGACCAGCUCUCCCAUUUCCAAAUUUAAAUGUGAGGAUCCCGGCCUGGUAGCUGUGAUGGCGGCUAAAAGGGGCUAUGAUAAGGCUCGAUCACUCUGCUAAUGGUGCACAUUCCCACAUAACAAAUAGAAGACAUGGAAGUGCAUGACCCAGUGUGAGCAAACUCCAAGAAAGACGUGGGGCAGAAGAGCAGCCGAGCGGCGACCUUACCAGGCUCAGGGAAGUCUUCAGAGAUGAGUGGGUCGGCAGGCAGUGACCUCUCCUGGUGCAGGAUGCCACAUCCAAAUCCACCCAUUUCAUCUUCGGAGCCAGUUUUCUCUUUUUCUUCUUCCUGCAGGAUGAGGACCCUUAUCGGAAGUCUUUAUUUCUACUUCAUUUCUUUCUUAUUCAGUAGAGCCAAUGGAUUCCUAAAUCAGAGAACAUCUCCAAUGUCUUCCUUCCCAUUUUAUAACUACUCUUACUUAAACCUCACUUCUGUAUCAGAAGCACAAGCUCCCAAAACAGCAAGAGCUCUCAAUUUCUCACAUAAUGCAAUUGAAAAAAUAACCAAAAGAGACUUUGAAGGUUUUGAUGUACUGGAAGUUUUGGACCUUUCCUACAAUCACCUUAAGGACAUUGAACUCGGUGCAUUUGAGAACCUGCUCAGCCUUGUUUCUGUGGAUUUAUCAUUUAAUGAUGAGAAUCUUCUGGUAUCUGAUCUUGCACCUCACCUGAAACUCAUACCGACCAGUGGGGCCUCAGGACCUUCACAGACUUAUAUGUAUUUUCAAACAUCAGCAGAGACUGCUCUGGAGCCUCCUACACCAGCUGAACUGCUGCCACGUUUGGAAGAUCCAUCCAAUCCAGGAAAUGUUAGCCCAAGGUUCAGACGAAGAAGAGCAGAGGAAAAUACAACCUCCCCUCCAGCAGCCACGCUGAGGCCUGACGUGUGUGGAGCACCAAUCAAUGGGUUGCUUGACCUAUCAAGGACCAAACUGUCUAAUGAAGAGCUGGAAGCAAAACUGGAUGCAGACCUCUGCCAAGCUAAGCUGGGUGCUGUUUUGGAGUUUAACAUUAGUCACAGCGACCUGGAAAUGGAUCUUCUAUCCCUGUUUGUCCUGUUUUUGCCAAUGAAAGACAUACGGUCCGUUGAUGCAAGCUACAACAAAAUAACAAUUAACAACAUAGACGUUGAAGCAAUCUGUCACUUCCCAUUCAGCAACUUUUCAUUUCUAAAUAUCAGCAACAAUCCCAUAAACAGGUUGGAAACGAUGUGUCUGCCUCCAACCAUCACGGUCAUCGAUUUGUCCUUCACAAACAUCAGUACAAUACCCGCAAAUUUUGCUAAAAAGUUAUCCAAACUGGAACGUCUGUAUGUUCAAGGAAAUCAGCUCAUAUACACCGUACGUCCAGACAGCCCCAGCGCAGCCACAAGGCCUCCCCCUGGCACUGUACAUAUCAGUGCCAUUUCCUUUGUCAGAAACCAGGCUGGUACACCCAUCGAAAGCCUUCCAGAGAGAGUGAAGCACCUGAAAGUGUCCAACUGCUCCAUUGUAGAACUUCCAGAAUGGUUUGCCAACAGAAUGCAACAACUGCUAUUUCUGGAUCUCAGCAGCAAUCGCAUUUCCAUGCUUCCUGACUUACCAAUCUCUCUGCAGCACCUCGACAUAAGCAACAGCGAUAUUAAGAUGAUACCCCCUAGCUUUAAAUCUCUCUCCAACUUAACCGUAUUUAACAUUCAAAACAAUAAAAUUACAGAUAUGCAUCCUGAAUACUUCCCGUCGACUUUAACAACAUGCGAUGUUAGUAAAAACAAGUUGAAGGUGCUGGCAUUAACCGAAGCCCUAGAGAACCUCGGAUCGCUUAACGUCUCUGGAAACCUCAUAACCAGACUGGAACCCGCCAGCCAACUUUCUGCACUCACUAACCUGGACAGCAGUCACAACCUGAUUUCAGAACUCCCCGACCACUUUGGGCGAGCUCUCCCGAUGCUGAAGCAUUUCAAUUUAUCAGGGAAUAAGAUCUCCUUCCUGCAGCGCGGCUCCCUCCCAGCUUCUCUGCAGGAGCUGGACAUCAGCGACAACGCCAUCACUACCAUCGUGCAGGAUACUUUCGGACAGCUAACGAGUCUGAGUGUUCUGACUGUUCAAGGCAGACAUUUCUUUUGUAACUGUGACUUGUACUGGUUUGUAAACGUCUACAUCCAUAACCCACAUUUGCAGAUAAAUGGCAAAGACGAUCUCAGGUGCAGCUUCCCACCGGACAGGCGGGGCUCGCUGGUGAAGAGCAGCAAUCUCACACUUCUGCACUGCUCCCUGGGCAUUCAGAUGGCCAUUACAGCCUCUGUGGCCAUCCUGGUUGUUCUGGUGCUGACCGGCUUAUGUUGGCGCUUUGAUGGGCUGUGGUACGUGAGAAUGGGCUGGUACUGGUGUAUGGCAAAGAGGAAGCAGUACAAGAAGAGGCCAGAAAACAAGCCCUUCGAUGCCUUCAUUUCAUACAGCGAGCACGAUGCAGACUGGACAAAAGAGAAUCUACUGAAAAAACUGGAAACUGACGGAUUCAAGAUAUGUUAUCACGAAAGAGACUUCAAACCAGGGCAUCCUGUACUUGGCAACAUUUUUUACUGCAUAGAGAACAGCCAUAAAGUCCUUUUUGUUCUCUCUCCCAGUUUCGUAAAUAGCUGCUGGUGUCAGUAUGAACUGUAUUUUGCUGAACAUCGGGUCCUGGAUGAAAAUCAGGACUCCCUCAUUAUGAUAGUGCUGGAAGACCUCCCGCCCAACAGCGUGCCUCAGAAGUUCAGCAAACUCAGAAAGCUGCUGAAAAGAAAAACCUACUUAAAGUGGAGCCCCGAAGAACACAAACAGAGGAUUUUCUGGCAUCAGCUGGCAGCUGUGCUAAAAACAACAAACGAACCGCUGGUGAGAGCGGAAAAUGGACCCAAUGAGGAUAUGAUUGAGAUGGAAUGAGAGAUGAGGACUUACACAGACUGUGCCUGGAAAGCCAGCAGUCAAAUAAAAGUGUCUCCAUGAUUACCUUCUGCAAAGCCUGCUGUGUUGUUAUCCAGAGGGCUGAGACCCGAGCCCUGCUGAACAGCCUUUCAUUUCUGGGCGCUUGAUUUUCUUCAGCUAUUACUAGCAUUUCUUAAAAUGUUGUGGUUGGCACCUGAAAGGAAGAACAGCUUGAGUCACACUGCAGAUCCUAACUACCUUUUGGAGAUUACUGCAGUAAUAAUGAAAAGUAGUGUCAUUCAAAUACAACGUGCUUCAGAUUCUUAAAUCUAGUACAGCUUCAGAUAGAAUGCACCAGGAUUACAGUCAAGAAAAACACAAGCUGUAAUAGUACACAGGUAAAAAUUUCCUCUUGUGGUUUGGCACAAAAAGAUUAAAGUCAGUGUAGCCACCUGAGAGAUGCAAAUGCAAAUCCAUGGUGCUGCCUCACUUGGGUACGUGGUGGAAGAGAACAGACUUACAAAUCUUUCAAAACUGCAGGCCAACAUUAGAACCAGACAACCAAGAACAAGCUAGCAGAGUAUGCCAGCCUGUACUGUUAAAUAAUUGGUGUUUUAUCUAAAUGCUGUUACCACAAACCUCUGAAGAACAGGCAAGAAAAUUCUGUGUAAUAAUAUCGUAAUAAUAGGUUUAAGAAAAUUUCACUUGACACAAUCAGCCUAAUCCAUUUCAUACCAUUUCGGUGCUACCUCUGCCUAGUCACCAUCAUCACCUAACGCUACUUACUUGUAUCAUAUGAAAAAAUAAAAGAAUGAUCAGCUAUCUAACACAUUCCACAUUCAAAUGAGAAAAACAGGUCCUGGCAGGAAAUAACUACCAGCUGAGAACAGAUCAUUUGGUGCAGCACAAUCUGGACUCGUUUGUAAGGUGAGCAAACCCAAACCACCGAUCUUUACUUGGCUGGUUCUGAUAGUCCAAGUGGGCUAAAGAAAAGAAAAGAAUAGAUAUACCACAGGAGAGUCUACAGGAAGUCAUUUUCGUUGUACAACUGAUUACUCCAGUUUAAAUUGUGCUUGGAAGAAAUUGUGGCUAUGUAUUUUCAAAAUGAAAUCACUCUUCUAUUUACUACAUCCAUAAACCUCCUCCAAAAAGACAGUUAUUAAAUGGAAUCAAAACCUUAAAUCAGAUAUUGCUUGAAUGAAGUUGUUAUACUUGCCUAUCACAGACAUAUGAACAC